CUGAAGGUAGGUGAUGAUCGAUUCCAUCUAUUACUCUGAAGAUUGAGCAAUUGAGAGCUUGGAAUUUUCCUCUUUUUCUUCGAAACACUUUGUAGCAAAUGAAGGGUAGAAGUUACAGUUACAGUCCCUCACCACCAAGGGAUUAUGGUAGGAGCAGGUAUCGCAGCCCUAGCCCUAGGGGUCGAUUUGGUGGUCGUAGUAGAGAUCUUCCCACGAGUCUUCUUGUUCGCAACCUUCGCCAUGACUGCAGGGUAGAAGAUCUCCGUGGACCUUUCGGGCAAUUUGGCCGCCUGAGGGAUAUCUACCUGCCUCGAGAUUAUUAUACUGGAGAACCACGUGGUUUUGGGUUUGUUCAGUAUCUUGAUCCUGCUGAUGCGGCCGAUGCAAAAUAUCAUAUGGAUGGUUAUGUUCUUCUUGGACGAGAACUUACAGUUGUAUUUGCCGAGGAAAACAGGAAGAAACCUUCAGAAAUGAGGGAAAGAGACCGCAGAAGGAGCCGGUCGUAUAGGCGUUCCCCACUUCGUUAUUCUCGGUCACCACGAUACAGUCGAAGUUACUCCCACAGUCCCGACUAUUACUCUCCUCCUAGGAAAAGGCGUUACUCAAGGUCAAUUUCACCCAGAGAUGGGAGAUAUAGAGGACGAUCAUACUCAAGGUCGCCCUAUUGUAGGAGCAGGAGUCCUAGUGUGGACUAUUCUAGGUAACUAUUUUGAUUGUGUGAAGAUUAGUAUUGUUAGGAAAAGGAGCCAAAGUGUGGACUAUUCUAGGUAUAACUGAUUUGAUAGCAUGAGUUUUAUUAUGUGCCGGAUGAUAAAUUUAGCCUGUCUUAACCAUUUUAUAAUUGAGAACAAAGCUGAUUGUUGAGCUC